UUUUUCUUUCAGCUGUUCUUCUGCUACAACCAGCAUGGAGUGCUUUAACUCGCGACGAAUUUCUUACGCAAAUUAAACCUAUAUGCUACGAAAGGGAAAAAGAGAGAGUAUUAGUUAAUGGUCAAACGAUGCCUCUUGCGAGCACCCUGGAGAACUUUAUCGCUCUUGUGGAAAAGCUCGAAGCAGCUAACCCUAAUAUAGGUCUCAAGCAAGAGUUAUUUUAUCUCCUUCGAAGCUAUUUUCAUGAAAAUGUCGAAUAUAAGAAAGGUGCCGGAGCUAGUCAAUGGGAGCCUCCAGACUCUAAUUUUGACAAGAUAGAAAUUUUGUGGGAAAGAAAUGACGAAGAAAGGCAGAAGAAACCAGAGAGACUAGUAGAGCCAUAUUCUGAGGAUGAAAAGUGUAGUUUGUUCUUCAUGAUUUCUCAUUCAGUCGAGCGUUAUAAUAGAUUUAACGCUAGAUUCUUUUCACCUGGAAACGGCAGUGAAAUCCCAAGAAAUGUCGCUGAACAUGACGAGUUAUAUCCUCAGGAACAAGGAGUUGUCGCUAUUCGUGGUUCAAAAGAAGCUGUAGCUCUCGGAAGAGUAUUAAGAGCCAUGUACGUUGGUCUCAAGAGUGAAUCUGAAAGGAAAUUCUUUCUCGAUGACUAUUUAAACCUUGCUAAUAUCGCCGCUGAGGAUCUUCCUGACCGUGAAAAGAGAACAGUAGAUCCUCUUUACAUCCUAACAAUCUCAGAAGUUAUUGCCUUCUCUAAUUGGGAGACGGAUGAACGUUCCAGAGGAUAUGCUGGGGAUGGUUUCUGGAAAGCUGCGCCCGUUGGUGAACUUAUAAACAUUGAAGAUUACUGUCCGAUGAUUUACAGACUUCGUAAUGGAACCAAUGCUGCCUAUACGUUUUCUACAUUGCGUGGAGCUGCAGAUGGUCUUUUAUUGGGAUCUGUGAUCCAUUCUAUCUUGGGCUCGAAAGAAGAUGCGAAACUGAGCCAAAUUUUGCGCAUGUACUAUACUAGAGGUGGAAUUCUAGCUGAGACUGAACAUCAAGUGCUAGGUUCAGUUCGCGCUUCAUUCUGUAACAGAGACUACUUUAUUUCCGAACUAAGCCAGGAAAUAAAAGAUCAAACAUACAUCUUCGUAAUUCUCGCAUCAAAAGCCGUAACAACAGCAAAAGAAAAAUUCUACAGAGCUUUAAUUCAGUACAAUAAUGUAAAGGACAGCGUCUUUAAGCACAGACGAGAUUUUCAAGACUACUGCGCACCCGAUGCUGUUAAAGAAAAACUGGAAACACCCUUAGAUGUAAUUGUGGUUCUUGAUACACGAAACGGGGAAGAAAACUUUCAGAAACAACAAAGGAUUGUUGGCUACUUAAGCAAAAAUUUGGAUUUAAGUUACUACGGAAGUCGACUGACUAUAUUAAAAGAUGAGGUUUCCAGCUCUGCGGGAAUAGUUGAGUUAGAGCCAGUUCUUACAGACUCAUAUUCGUCUGCAUGUGCAGCUUGUCAUAUAACUCAAAUUAAUUAUGGUCGUCCUAACAGUGCUGCACCAGACGAAGUUAUUUUUGCCAUUGACCAGCUUUUAGUAGCUAAAAAAGAAAAUGAAACCAAUUCUGAAGGUGUCAAAGGAAAGGUAGUGAUUUAUUUUAAUUUUGAUGCCAACGAAAAUUCAGCUAGACCUAGUGCAUCAGAAACUAAACUGAAGAAAGCAUUAGCAGAUCUUCAUUUACGCCAUCUAGAUGUUGCUUUUUUUGCUCUGGGUAUUGAAGAAAGUGUGUUAAAGAAGUUCGCUAAGUUUGACAAAAACUUUUAUAUGAUAGCAGACACUACAGAAGAGCAUCAGCGGGAAUUUGUCAAGAAAGUAAACUCAAUUCCUGCGAUUUUGAAGUAUGAGGAUUGUAUCGAAAGAAGAAGUGAGCGCAGCGCCAUUUACGAAGAUUUCGUGUCUCCAAGUGCAACUCAACACUGGAAGAUGCCAGCGAAAUAUUUCUACAAAAGUACAUCAUUAAAAAUUGUCUUUGAGUCACUAGAUGGAAGCAUCCAAGUAUGUUACAAUCGGGCGACUUUAGCUCCAGAAGAUGAAAUAAGGUCGUGCCAAAACAUUACGAAUGGACAAAAAACUGUCGAAUUCAAGAGCACCAACCCAUGUCAAAGUUUCACUGAUGUAACAUGUGCCCCAUUCUUCUUUUCUCUGAAGGGUAUAAAUGCAUCAGAUCCAACAACUUCAAAAUAUUUUUGCUCAGACAGAAAUACUGGAGCUAAAUGUAGAACUUUGGACCAAAUUAAGUUUAAAAUUUCCCAUGAUGGUAUUCGAUGCAGCGGAUGCUAUGCGCUGGUGGCAAAACCUUUGUCAGUCUUGUUCGGCUUCCUCAUCGCCUACAUACUUAUCAAAAAAUUCUAGACUGAUAGACAAAUUUUAGUGCAUCAAAAUGUAUCGAGCUUUUAAAAUUGUUCUUCUGUAUUCAUAGUCCUCAGAGAAGAAGAGGAAUUAAACAGCUCAUCUGUUUCCAUAAAUGUUUCGAAGAAAACUUUUUUAUGCUUAAAAAACUUUAAGAAUCAACUGAAUUUUUUUUAAUAUUUGCCCGCCAUCCUUUUUAUGAAAAUCAUUUCGCGUUACGAACUGUAUAAAUUUAUAUUUAUAAAGUCUAAAAAUAUUGGCAUUUCUUGAUUGAUUCAUCAUUUUAAAGUUAAUAGUACUUCAUUAAGAAGUAUAUUUUCUUUAUAUGUGUACAAAUACAAACCAUUUUCUUAUUUUUUUUCAUUCUAUUUUUAAUGCCUAACAUCAUGUGUACAUAUCAGAGAGUAAUUGGGGCAGGGGUUGUUUACAGAUAAAUAACUUUUGUAACAUUUUAGAAGCUUCUGUGUUUUGUAUUGAUUUAGAUGUUUUAUAAUAAAAAUUUAAUUCUUAGAAUAUGUCA